CUGCAGCGAGGAGGCAGAGGGAAACGGAAGAAAACAUCCAACAUGGCGAGCGGCGGUGCGUGGUUCCUCGUCCUGGGCUCCGUGUUUCUGUGCAACCUCAUGAAAACAUUCCUGCCUACCAUGUCAUCUUUUCUCUCAAAGAUGCUGCAGAAAGAUGCUGAGCAGGAGAGUGAGAUGAGGAUCGAAAUCCAGGAGAUGAAGAGGGAGCAAGCCUCCAUCAGUAUGAUGGACGAGUUUGCUAGAUAUGCCAGGUUGGAGCGUAAAAUAAACAAAACAACAGACAAGCUGAAAACACACGUGAAAUCGAGAACUGCUCAACAAGCCAAAAUGAAAUGGGUUGUGAACAUUGUCUUUUAUAUACUACAGGCUGCACUGAUGAUUUCAUUGAUAUGGAAGUAUUACUCUGAUCCAGUCACUGUGGUCCCCAGCAGAUGGAUUGCCCCAGUGGAGCGACUUGUGGCUUUCCCUACAGGAGUAGCAGGUGGUGUGGGAAUCACAUGCUGGCUGGUGGUUUGCAACAAAGUAGUCACUUUGGGGCUUAAUGUCAUCAGCUGAAGACCACUUCUGUGAUGUCACAAUUUGGAUACAUGGGUUAUGUCAACAUUAGUUUGAUUAUGAAAGCUACUUUGCUUUUCUCCAAUGUUGAUGUCAGCUGAGGUCAAUGCAUACUAUUGCUGCGUAUUUUUAAUAUCUCAACUUGCAACAUUAAUUUAUUAUUGUGAAUUUACUUUGAAUAUUUUUGUUUGAAUGGUUUUGUUUCAAAAUACCGGUGUGAAUGUAUUGGUUUCAUAUUAUUUAUAAACAAAAUGGUUUCAAAAUGUUGAGGUAUGUGUUUAAUAAAAGAUGACAUGAGAAACAUUUUUUUUUAGUCUAUCUUUUCGCAACUUUGGAAAUUGCCAACAAACAAAUCGGAUAGAUUUGUUUCUGGUAGGAAACCCACAAUGGAGAGUGUAGACUUUUUUUUUUGUCAAAUCAAAACAAACCAAGAAGUUUCAUGAAUGUUGGUUUAUUCAAUUGCCUCACUAUAAUGCUUUAUUAGCUUACAGUUUCCCUCAAACUACCUUUUUACCAAAGUACAGCUGAGACCAGCUUCAUGCUCUGCAUCCUGCUUUUCAUCAGAGACCUGAGGAUUUUUCUGAAGCCUCCUUUCCUUUGGCAGUUAGCUGUUUCAGGGGGUCUUCUGGGCCUGACCAAUCUGACAACACAUGUGCAUUUCUAUUACUAAGAUCAAUUUCAGUUUGUUCCAUUUCUCUACGGUGUUUGCUAUAGAGACCGUUUCCUGCAUGAGCAGCACUAUAACAUUUUAUUUCUCCUACUGCACAAGUUCAUCCAUUGAUAGAAUUGAUUUGCUGCUUAUAGUGAAUGAAAAGUGCUUACCUGCCAACAUCCGAGUGUCCUUUUUGUGGUUCCCUAAUGCAGCAUUUGAUGGAGCUUUUUCCUCUAGAGCUUCUACAUCCAAAUCCCCCUGACAACUCUGAAAUGACAUGCUGACUAUCAGUAUGAAAAUAUUACUGAAACUAUUUGAAUAAAAAGUUAAAAGUGACUGAAGACCAAGGAACCAAUUCUAUUGGGAUGACAAUAUUCAGGAGGAAAAAAAACAAGCAAAAAUAAACAUCAAACUUUUGUAAAACUGUUUUAACUUCCUUGAAAAUAAAUUAUAUUUCCAAUAUAGGUACCCCAGAUGUCUCCUGCUGUUCAGUUAUAGAAUGUUGUGUCUCCAAAAGAUCUGAUCCAGAUGCUGUGAUUUGGGUGCACGGUAAUCCAUCCUUCUGAACUGUCAACACAACAAAGGUCUUAAACAACCAAUAACAUUUAGCUAACAGUCUUAAAGCAGUUUUUUUUUGUCUUUGUUUACCUUUUUUAUUUGAUCCUUUAAUGUAUCUGUGCGAAUAAAUGUAAUGUUGUUUCA